AUGUACGCCGAGCUCCGUGGCUGGUGCAAGGAGAACAAUGACCUGAAGUCCGUUGAGGUCUCCGAUGGCCAGGCACGCAUCCAGGAGCUCACAAACCUCGCGGCGGAGGCAAACGCCUCGGCCGUGAGCCUGGCGGCCGAGAUGGAGACAUUGGCCAAGGAGGUCAAGGAGGCCACUGCCACGCUGGACUCCGCUCGGGUCCUGCACGGUAACAAGGUUGACACCUUCAACGACAAUGAAAAGUCCCUCUACAAGGACAUUGAGGCCGUGGAAUCUGCCGCCACCGCCAUCAGCGGCGGCGAGGCAGCCUUGGUACAGAUGCCCGAGGGACGCCUCAAGGAGGUGAGCGCCAAGCUCCAGGAUGCCGUGACCAGGCGUGCCCAACGCCUCGACAACACGCUCUCCGUUCGGGACCACGAGCACCUCGAGGUGUGGCUUGUGGCAUUGUCGCUAAGCCACGCUCUUGAUAAAUAG